CUAUAGCAUAAGGGUUUACGCCAUUUUCCAUUUUCUGUGGUAGUCGGAGCUCCGCUGUUCAUGUCUAUUGGUAUUUAUUUGUAGUUUGCCGAUACUUUAUUAAUUAUAACAUAAUGGUUUCCUCGACAAUGCCGAGGAAGACCAAAAUUUUCGUUGGUCGCUUGCCAGAAAAUUGUCGAAAUGAUGAACUUAGACAAUUGUUUUUACGAUUCGGUGAGGUGACGGAGUGUGAUGUAAUGAAUCGCUAUGGGUUUGUUCAUAUGGCUAGAGAAGAAGAUGCUGCUGCUGCAAUCAAAGCUCUUCAUAAUACUCAUUUCAAAGGUGCUACCAUCAAUGUUGAACAGUCAACUGGAAAAUCUCGUGGUGGUGGAGCUGGUGGUCGCAGGGAUGAUCGAAGAUCAGGGCCAAUGAGAGGUGGUAGAGGUAAUCGUGAUAACAAUCGCGAUAAUCGGCCUGGUCCUUACAAUCAUCGUGGAGUUCGACCUAUACCUCAUGUUGGCUAUGGUGGGUCUACAACAAAUAACAUGAGCGGUGGUUACUCCGAUUAUGGUAAUCGGGGGGGAAACGAUUUUGGCGGACGUGGUAAUGAUUAUUCAAGUGGUGGUUAUGCCGAUCGUAACAAUUAUGGACAAAAUAUAGGUGUUGGAUCAAUGGGAGGAUAUUCAUCAACAGCACCUCCGAUGACUGGAUAUGGGUCAAACACAGGCCCCAUGGGCGGAUACGGGCCAGUUGGAGGUGGUGAUUAUGGAAGAAAUAAUGACUACAAUCGGAUGGGUGACUUUGGCGCUCGCUCAGAUUAUGGCAAUUUUCAAUCCAACACAGGAAUGGGGGGCGACUUCAAUCGUGGCAUGCCAAAUACUGGAGAUUAUGGAAGAGAUAAUUUUGGCAUGAAUCGUAAUGCUGAUCCUUAUUCUUCUAGAAAUGAUUAUGAUCGUAAUGCAGUAGGUCCUAUGAGAAAUGGUGGAGCAGUUGGUUCGGCUGGAUAUGGUUCAGGGUAUACAGAUAUUGGGCCUAUGGGCGGAGGACCUAAUUAUUCAACUGGAAUGGCCAGUUAUAAUUCCACUUCCGGAGCACAAUCUGAUGUGUUUAGUCGAAGAUCAGGAAAUACAGCAGCAAAUACUGCUUAUCCAUCCGUUGGCAGCGGAUAUGGAGAUGGGUAUGAUAGGCCAGAUACAUAUGGACUUUCUCGUGGUAACAAUCGAUGGCAACCAGGAUAAGAAAUGAGGAAUAUUCACGAUAAGUUUUGAGCUGAGAACUAUGUGGCAUACCAACAUCAUUUUAUGUAAGUGUGAUGGUCAACCCAUUUACAACCUUAGGAAUCAGAGCGUGAGUAUUGAUUUAAAUACCAUCCCAUUUCAUUAUAAGUAUCAUCAUAAGAUUUCAUUACAUAUUUUCGUCACGUUUUUAACAGAUAUAUUUUUAGAUUAAUUUUGCAUACACUCAGACAAUAUUUUUUGAGUUUAUUCUUCUCUGCUGCUUAUAUUUUAAUGCAUCAGUUGUAGACAGACAUUCAAGAAGAAAAUAUUUAUUUGAUUCCACUUCAUUGGUUACUUUUUUUA